CAUUUUCUCAUUCUGUUUCUUUCAGGUGAACUAAAAGUUAUCAUUGUUAUAUUUGCUUCUUCUGAUUCUGGUUCCAAUUCUGCUGCGUAUAUCAACAUGAGUACGCAAUUACAAAACCUUAUCUUUCUUUCUCUCUACAUACACUAUUGAGUUCAUAGAGAUAAAAAGAAGUGAUAGAAAAAGGAGGGAAAUAGGAAUCAAGGGUGGAAUAUAUGUCUUUCAAUCAAUCGAGGUCUGAUAAAAGCGAGCAACAGUAUCGGAAAUCCAGGCGAUCAGUAGGUUUUAAUCAGCAGCUGACCUCCUCAGGCUUUUACAAUAAGGGUGCUGGCAGCGUGCCUGCCCUUUCACCGUCUCUUUCUUCAUCGUCGUCCAAUCGAAGUUUUAAGAAGACUAACAAUGCACAAGGAGGGCAAUCUCAGGCAACUACACCUGGUGUGAAUUCUAGUAACGUACAAAAUGGUUCACAUGUACAGCUCCAGUUACAGGGAUCAUCUGAUACAGCGAUUGCAAACGGUAGUACCAAGCCAGUUGAAUCAGUCAUCACUCAGAGAAGCACCCGAGCUGUUCCAAAGGCUCCAACUUCUCAACCGGCCACCCUGAGUUCUGAUUGUAGCCCCAUGACUCCCACAAAGGAUUCAGGAGAUGCAUCAAAACCGUUCUCUCUACAGUUUGGGUCCAUAAGUCCUGUUUUCAUGAAUGGGAUGCAGAUGCCAGCUAGAACUAGUUCAGCUCCCCCAAAUUUGGACGAGCAGAAACGUGACCAGGCAUGCCAUGAUUCCUCUUUUAGAUCUGUACCGGAUGUGCCCACUCCUGUUCCUAAGCAGCAGCAACCAAAAAAGGGUUCUCCAACUGUCCAAUCUAAUCUUGGGGAGGCCCAGGCAGUGCCCAAGGUCAAAAAAGAUGCACAAGCCUCUAUGGCAUCCCCCACAAACCAGACACAGAAGUCAUCUCUUCUUAGUUUGCCCAUGAAUCCUAUGCAGAUGUCAUUUCACCACCAGCCGCAGGUUUCCAUGCAGUUUGGGAUGCCUAGUCCACCAAUUCAAUCUCCUACUUCAAUGCAAAUGCCAAUGCAUAUGCCUUUACCUAUGGGAAAUGCACCUCAGGUGCAGCAACAUGUCUUUGUUCCAGGUCUUCAGGCUCAUCAAUUGCCACCUCAGGGAAUGAUGCAUCAGGGUCAGGGCUCGGGUUUCUCGCCACCGAUAGGUGGCCAACUUCCUCCCCAUUUGGGAAGUUUAGGAAUGGGUAUUGCCCCUCAAUAUCCUCAACAACAGGGAGGGAAGUUUGGUGUUCCACGUAAAACUACCACUGUGAAGAUUACUCAUCCUGAUACUCAUGAAGAAUUAAGGCUUGAUAAACGGACAGAUACCCAUGCAGAUGGUGGGGCAUCGGGUCCAAGGUCUCAUCCUAAUGUGCCAUCUCAAUCUCAGCCAAUACAAUCCUUUGGUCCUCAUUCAGUCAACUAUUGUUCCAAUUCAAUGUUUUUUCCGCCACCAAGUUCUCUUCCAUUUUAUAGUAGCCAGAUAGCAGUUAAUACACAAGGACCAAGAUUUAACUAUCCUAUUAGCGAGGGUCAUCAGAACAUUUCUUUCAUGAACUCAGCAGCAGCCCAUGGUUCAGUGCCAGGUUUGGUACAGGUUACUGUUAAGCCAACCAUUGUUUCUGUUGGAGAAAAGGUUGUGGAUUCCCCGUUGUCAAGUAGCUUGCCUGUUGUUGAAAAGGGGAGCUCUAUACAACAGCCAAAACCUGGAACUGAGUCUUUAACAUCCAAGUCAUAUUCAGCUGCAGCUAAACAACCUGGGUUAAUUCCAAAAACUAACUUGGAUGAAAGCCUGCCAUUUAAUUUCGUUUCCCCUACUCCAGCUGCCACAUCUGAGGAGUCUAUGCCAGUUAUUGCUAGUAAUGACGGCAAGAAGGAUAAUUUGAGUGGGUUCAACCCCAUAAAAGAUAAUCAGAAGAAAGCCAAUCAGUCUACAUCAACAUCUAGCUUGGCUUCCGACACUGCCGAACAUGGUAUGCCCUCAGGUUGUGCAGUUUCUAAAACAGUAGAGGCUAAAACAACUCUAACAUCAUCAGUAGUUGCUGAUGUUUUAUCACAACAUACCAGGGAAUUACCAACAGUUAACAAUGCUUCACGUCCUUCCUUAGAGCGGAAGGCAGAAAGAAAGACUGAAAGUUUAACCUUAGCUUCAUCUGAUGUUUCUGGUACUGGAAGUAGUGUUGAUAGCUUUAACAUGGUUCGGCAUGCGAAGACAGAUGGUUCUUCAAUGCUGGAUGAACAACAGAAACAUGAAAUUAGUGUAAUUAAGGGUGAAGAAGGAAAAACUUUACUUGAAGAGCAAUUAACAGACAAUUCUACUCUUGAGAUUCCUUCACAUUCCGUUCCCCUAAAAUCUAAGGAGCUUAAGUCUAAUAAAGGAUCUGCUUCAAAGGCAACAGCUACCAGCAAUGUACCUACCUCAGGAACCUCAAAAUAUGAGAGAGUCCCUGAUAGCAGGGAUGGCUCUCCCUCUAGAGUCAUUGGCACUACAGAUGUUGAAGGUUCUCACAUUGAUAAUAUCAUUGCUUCUGAUGCUUCUUUAAGUGUUACCAGUAGCAGUGAAAUAACUGUUUCUAAUUCUGUUGCAUCUGACAAGCAGUUUGAUACCAUCCCAGUUCUUGAUCCCUCAGAACCAACUUCAAAAUAUGAAAUGGAAGGUGUUCAGGUGCCUAGUUCAAAGGAGAGACAUGUGCUAAAUCUCAAUAGGACAAGGAGUAAUACAACUAGAGGGAAGAAGAAAAGAAAAGAAAUUCUUCAGAAAGCAGAUGCUGCUGGAACAACUUCUGAUCUCUAUAUGGCAUAUAAAGGCCCUGAGGAAAAGAAAGAGACAGUAACACGUGCGGAAAGCAAUUUUGUUGGUCAGAAUUUGAAGCAGACAUCUUGUGAGACCCCUCACCUUGAUGCCAUAGGAAGUGAGAAGAUAUCACAGAAUAAAGCUGAACCAGAUGAUUGGGAAGAUGCCGCUGACAUCUCUACGGCAAAAUUAGGAACUUCAGGUAAUGGUGAAAGGGCCCGUGGAGGGCUUGUAAAUCGUGAGAAAGGUGAAAGCAGAAAUAUAGCGAAGUAUUCCAGAGAUUUCCUCCUUAAGUUUGCAGAAAAGUGUACUGAUCUUCCACCUGGAUUUGAGAUUGCUUCUGAUAUUGUAGAUGUCUUGAUGGUUACCAAUGCCAAUGCUUCUCACUUUGUUGAUCGUGAUUCAUACAGUGGUAGUGGAAGAAUAAUGGAUAGACAAUUUAGUGGAGCUCGACAAGAUUGUCGUGCUAGUGGAAUGGUCGAUGAUGACAGAUGGAUUAGACAACCCGGUUCUUUUGGCCCUGGAAGGGAUUUGCGUUUCGAUCUUAGUUAUGGUGCUGCUGUAGGUUUUCGGCCUUGUCAAGGAGGUAACUUUGGUGUUCUUAGGUACCCACGGGGACAAGCACCUCUGGCAUAUGUUGGAGGGAUCCUUGCUGGCCCAAUGCAACCUAUGGGUCCACAAGGAGGAAUGCCACGCAAUAGUCUUGAUUCAGAAAGAUGGCUGCGAACUGCUAACUAUCAGCAAAAAGGGUUUAUUCCUUCUCCACAAACUCCUUUGCAGAUGAUGCACAAAGCUGAAAGGAAGUAUGAAGUGGGUAUAGUAUCUGGUGCAGAAGAAUCCAAGCAAAGACAACUGAAGGCCAUUUUGAACAAACUAACUCCACAAAACUUUGAGAAACUCUUUGAGCAAGUAAAAGCAGUAAAAAUUGACAAUGUAGUUACUCUCACUUGUGUUAUCUCACAAAUUUUCGACAAAGCUCUAAUGGAGCCUACUUUCUGUGAAAUGUAUGCGGAUUUCUGUUUUCAUUUGGCAGGAGAGUUACCUGAUUUUAGGGAAGAGAAUGAAAAGAUAACUUUCAAGAGAUUGCUACUAAACAAGUGCCAGGAAGAAUUUGAGAGAGGAGAGAGAGAACAAGAAGAAGCAAACAAAGUUGAGGAAGAGGGCGAGGCUAAGCAAUCUGAAGAGGAACGAGAGGAGAAGAGAAUCAAGGCACGAAGACGAAUGUUAGGUAACAUUAGACUUAUUGGGGAAUUGUACAAGAAGAAAAUGUUAACUGAGAGAAUAAUGCAUGAAUGCAUUAAGAAAUUACUUGGUGAGUAUGAGAAUCCUGAUGAGGAGGAUGUUGAGGCUUUGUGCAAACUAAUGAGUACGAUUGGAGAAAUGAUUGAUCAUCCAAAAGCAAAGGUACAUAUGGAUGCUUAUUUUGACAGGAUGGCAAAGUUGUCGAACAAUAUAAAACUGUCUUCUAGGGUUAGAUUCAUGUUGAAGGAUUCCAUUGACCUGAGAAAGAAUAAUUGGCAACAGAGGAGGAAAGUUGAAGGACCUAAAAAGAUUGAGGAAGUGCACCGAGAUGCUGCACAAGAGCGACAAGCACAAACCAGUAGGCUUGCUCGUGGUCCUGGCAUCAAUGCUGCUGCAAGAAGAGCACCCAUGGAUUUUGGUCCAAGAGGGUCUAUGUUAUCUUCUCCUGGUUCUCAGAUGGGUAAUUAUAGAGCGAUGCCAAAUCAAGCUCGUGGUUUUGGUGCUCAGGAUUCUCGCAUGGAUGAUAGACAGUAUUUUGAGGCUAGGACUUUGUCGGUUCCCUUGCCUCAAAGACCAAUGGGUGGUGAUGAUUCUGUUACUUUGGGUCCUCAGGGAGGUCUUGCUAGAGGGAUGUCAUUUAGGGGACCAUCAGGAAUAUCCAGUACUCCCUUAACUGAUGCUUCUCCAGCUUCAGGAGAUUCUAGAAGAGUGGCCACUAGUUUGAAUGGUUUUAAUUCUAAAUCAGAGCGAGCUACUUAUGGUUCUAGGGAGGAUCUAAUGCCAAGAAAUGAGACAGAUAGAUCUACAGUGCCUACUGCUUAUGACUACUUGAAUUCCCAGGAACGGGGCAUGAAUUUUUUUAACUGGGGUCCUGAUCACAGCUUUGAUAGAUCUCAUACUACUUCAGCUGCACGAGGCCAAAAGACCAGUUCAACUCAAACUGUUCCUUCAAAAAAGUGCUGGUCUGAGGAGCACCUGCGUGAUAUGUCUCUGUCUACAAUUAAAGAAUUUUACAGUGCUAGGGAUGAGAAGGAAGUUGCUUUGUGCAUCAAAGACUUGAAUUCUCCAAGCUUCCACCCCUCAAUGAUUGCUCUUUUUGUAACAGACUCUUUCGAGAGAAAAGAUGUGGAACGUGAUCUUUUGGCCAAGCUACUUGUGAAUCUGACAAGGUCUCAUGAUGGUGUGCUGAGUCAAGUUCAACUUGUUAAAGGGUUUGAAUCUGUUCUCAGCACACUAGAGGAUGCUGUAAAUGAUGCUCCAAAAGCUGCAGAAUUUCUUGGUCGUCUUAUGGCCAAACUAAUAAUAGAAAAUGUGGUAUCCUUGAAAGAUAUUGGACGUCUAUUAUAUGAUGGUGGAGAGGAGCCAGGGCGUCUUCGGGAAACCGGGCUUGCCGGGGACAUUCUUGGAAGCAUAUUGGGAGUAAUUAAAACAGAGAAAGGAGAAAGUGUGUUUAAUGAAGCUCGAGAUAGCUGCAACUUGCGGUUGGAGGACUUUCGCCCACCAGAUCCUUACAAAUCAAGGUUAUUAGAAACUUUUCUUUAGAGGAUAAUAGUAAUAAUAAUGAUUAUGAUGAUGGUUCUCAGUUU